AUGAACGAUAACCUGUUCACAGCAAUGCACCAGUUUGUCGUAAUCGGCAAAGGUGGUAUAAGGCUCACUUCCCACAGAGGCCUUCUCUGUGAUCACUUCAAGUUCUUCAGACCACACCGACUAAGACAUGAGCCUCUAGAAGUCCCAGCCAUGACCCAGAAAAUGUUUGAUUCUCUGUGUGCAUACUCAUACAGUGGAUACCUAGCUCGCUUUGCUGUCACACCCCUCAUUAGCAAUUCCAGUCAUACAUUCCGCCGCGAUACAGACCGAGUACUUUUCGAAGAACAUGCUCAAUAUCUGCGCGACCUUUACUACGCCGUCGAGCUAGUCGAUGAAAAGCCACUCAUGAACGAAAUUAUGGACGAGAUUCAAGACCUUCAAGCUGCUGCUUAUUCUACUCUCUCCCCCAAGCGAUCCAGGAAAUCUACGCGAAUACGAAACGAUUCAGCCCCUUACGUCUUAGAGAAAGGUGCCUCGGCGGUUGAUCAUUGUUCAUACUAUAUGUGGGCGCGCACCUAUGCAUACUGGCCAGCUUACUAUAAUCAAGACUUUAACAAUGAUGAGUUCUGCCCAGACUAUGAGUUUGUUUGUAUGAAAUGGGAAGCAGAGGGACAGUUCGAUCCCACUAUCAUAGGUAGCAGAUUUGGAGACCAUGGUUGCGAAUUUCAUGAACAUGAUGACCCUGGAGAAAUUGGAAAGUGCGGUCUACUGAUAAAUUUCUAG